AAUUUUCUUGGUUAGAGGGAGAGAGUUCCAUUCGUCCGCAACCUUGAGUUGUUCCUUAGUAUAACAGUUUAUAUUAUUGUCGAAUGGUUCACGUUGGUAUAUAAACAAGAUGUGGUAUAAGAUGCUACGUCAUUGCUAAUACAGCUCGCAAAUUCUGUCGACAGUUAACCGCCUAUACAGUAUACCUAUAACAAUCCAGCGGUAUCAUCUCUCGAGAUGGACUUUAAAUUUUUAUUAUUUUUUGUUCAAAUGGCUGCAGUUACUAAAGCACACAUGUUUAGAAUAACAAACAACUGCUCGUUUACUGUAUGGCCUGGCAUACAAGGCAACCCCGGACACAAACAUCUCGAAAAUGGUGGAUUUACGUUGGACCCUUACAGGACCCAUUUAGUUAUCUCGUCUCGAAAUUGGACGGGCAGGAUUUGGGGCAGGACCAACUGUAACAGUAAAGGAAAAUGCGAAACAGGCGAUUGCGGGAGCAAGAUUCAAUGCAACGGUACCAUGGGCAUUCCACCCUUGUCCCUAGCUGAAAUGGAGCUCUCCAAGGUCAACGAAGUGGACUUCUACCACGUGUCGUUGGUGGACGGCUUCAACCUACCGAUCAAGAUUAGGCCUGUCCCGUUUUCAGAGUCCAUGAAAAACGACACCAACUGUCAGCUGGCCUACUGUUUUUCCAACCUGAACAGCAGGUGUCCGUCCAAACUGGCUGUGAAGGCGGCCGAUGGCUCCAGCGUGGUGGCGUGCAAGAGCGCCUGUACGCUGUUCAACACGAAGUCUGACUGCUGCCAAGGUGUCUACACCACCCCAAAGACUUGUAAUAGAAGCUCGUGGCCCAAAAACUAUCCGGCAUACUUCAAGUCAGCCUGUCCGUACGCCUACAGUUACCCAUUCGACGACACGUCCAGCAUACAUACGUGUCAAGGCAAUGCUAAAACCAAGUAUCACAUCAUAUUUUGCCCUUAAGCCACUUAUUGUGUUGUUGCUAUUUGUUUAUAUAGGUUCAGGUUAAGUUAUCGUUAUUUAACAUGAUUUUUAUAAAUUAUUUUGUCUAUAUAUUAUUAUAUUAUAUACAAAUGAAUGUAAAUUGUAUAAGAAUAAAAGUAAAGUUAUUUAGGUACAUAAGUGUAGGUAUAUAAAAUAGUAAAAUACUAUUUUCAAAAAGUAAGUUCUUUCCCUCAAUACUUAGUGUUUCUCGAAAAUGUCCACCAUUAAAUGAUUCCAUUAGACAAUUUAAAACCCAAUUAUUAUAUUAUUAUUAUCAUUUAAAUCUUACUAACGAUUGUCCAUUUUGAAUCAAUCAUUACCGAAUCAAAUUAUUCGUUCAGAAUAAUUCAUUUUACUUAAUAAUUUUUAAUGUUAGAUUAAAAUCUAGUUAUUAAUAUUAUUUUUACUUUUAGAUUCUGAGCGGAGCGAG